GAAGCGGGGCAGAGGACGAGUGAGGGCUGCCAGAACAAUCGGUAGAAACUCCCUGAAGACCUUCCCAUCACAAACUCUCAUCCCCGGCGCCCUUAGCCCUCCAGGCCCGUGGCGCCAGGGUGUUGAUGUCGCUUUCGCCGCGCUGCCAAGUCACUGGCGCUGCUUGGGAAGCGCGUUACGGUGGAGACAGGAGCACGAGGCGGGAAGGUCCCGGCAAAGGCGGAAAUCGGUUGCAGAAGCUUGGGCGGCCAUUUUGAAACCGGGCAGGAGGGGCGGGCCGCGACGGUUGACCCGUCUCAACUAAGCGACUGGUUCGAGUCACGUUGCACGCUGCCCCGAGAUGUAUCCUGCUGGCCCUGCGUGGCCGAGACUCCGAAUUCUGCGGGCGCUGUGGGCACUACUGGCGGUACUAUUUGCAUCGUGGAGGCUGUGGGCGUUCCAGGAUAUCCAGGAGUGCACCUGGCAGGUUGUCCUGAACAAGUUCGAGACGGUAGGCAAGAAUGGCAUGAGCGACCGUUUCUUCCAUCAACAGCCCGUGGCGACACUGGACAGUGUGUUCAGCCCGCUGGUGGAUGCACCCACCGACCAGGGCGAGAAAUACCUGAGCUUCCCAUACUACCUGAAGAUCAACUACUCCUGCAAUGGAGAGUCCUCCGAGGCCCAGGUCCGCAAGGGCCACCUGACGGGGCUGAAGCCUGUGGUGCUGGUGACCUUCCAGUCCCCAGUCAAUUUCCAUCACUGGAAGAUAGAACAGCUGCAGAUCCAGAUGGAGGCAGCCCCCUUCCGCAGCGAAGAGCAGCAGUGCACCGCAGAGCAGGUGUGUGUCAUGAGCUGGUACACGCCCAUGCCCAUCAAGAACGGCAGCGUGCUCAUGCGCGUGGACGUCAGCAGCAACGGCCUGGGGCCUUUCAUUCCCACAAAGAGGUUCCAGGUGAACAUCAACGGCUUCCUGCAGAGACAGCAAGACAAUACCCUCCACUUCACUGUGGGAAAUGAGAUCUUCAAUCUCAUACCCCGGUACUUCAUGAAUGUCCCGUCGAGGCCCCUGUGGUACACUGUGGACCAGGCACCAGUGCUCAUCCUGGGGGGCAUCCCUGAAGAGAAGUCUGUUCUGCUGACUGACACCAGCUUCAAGGACUCCUUUCUCGUGGAGUUGAACAUUGACAGUUGCUGGGUAGGCUCCUUCUACUGCCCUCAGGCAAUUUUUACGGCUACCAUCUAUGACGCCAUUGCUACCGAAAGCACUCUCUUCAUCCGGCAGAACCAGCUGGUCUACUAUUUUACAGGCACUUACCUCACCCUCCAUGAAAGCAACCACGGCAGUGGGAGCUGGGUUCGUGUCCUGGCCAACGAGUGCAUCAAGAGCCUGUGCCCCGUGCAUUUCCAUAGCAAUGGCUCAGAGUACGUCAUGGCCCUCACCUCUGGCAAGCGGGAAGGUUAUGUCCACUUUGGGACCAUCACAGAUGGCCACGUGUCCUUCCAGGUGCUGCCCAAGCAUCGGUCUGUGUGCAAAGGGAUACAAGUUUUCAACUGCUCCAUAACCUGGGCCGUAUUCAUUGCUGGUGACUACAUUCUCCUGAUGCUGGUGGAGAUCCAAGACCCCACCACCAGGAGUUAUUUCCAGGUGGUCAGCUACGACUUGGUCAGUGAUAACCUGGUGAUCCUCUACACCAUCCCGGAAUUCAUCCCUGAUGGUAGGAAGGGAAGACAGAGGGGGCCUCAGAGGUGGAUGAGGGCCGGGAGGGGUCCAGAGGACCAUUCCCUCACUGCUGUGUCCACUCUGCCUCUAUCCUGGCCAGCUCGAGGCCUGGAGUUUCUGAUGAUCCUAGGAACAGAGUCUUACACCAACUUCACGAUGGUACCCAAGGGCAUGUUCUACAACCCGUAUAACAACCUGCUGUUCAUCUGGGGCAACUUCCUGCUGCAGAGCUACAACAAUGAAAACUUCAUCUACCUGGCGGAUUUCCCCAAGGAUCAGUCCAUUAAGUACCUGGUCAACUCGUUCCAUGGAGAAACAGCUAUUGUCACAGAGACGGAGGAGAUCUGGUACCUCCUGGAGGGCAGCUACCGGAUGUACAGGCUAUUCCCAUCCAAAGCCUGGGAGGUGCAUGUCAGCCUACAGGUGAUGCAACAGUCCUCUUUCUACACCCACAUUGAGACCAUGGUCACCCUCUUCUACGAAGACCACCAACUGUACCAGCUGGUAUAUCUCAUGAAUGGUGGGCAGGGCCGGCUUGUCAAGAGGCUUGUGCCUGUGGAGCAGCUCCUGAUGUAUCAGCAGCCGGGCAGUCACUACCUCUUGGAGCAACGGGGGAACCACCUGACGCUGUCCUUCACCGACUUCUGCCCCUUCACCGUAAUGCGCUUGCGCGACCUGCCCAACCCGCAGAUCUAUACUCGCCAGGAGCGCUACCGUGCACACCCGCCCCGCGUGCUGGAGCCCUCGGGCUUCCACGACCAGAACUCGCUCGCCGUCUACCAGGGCCUCGUCUACUACCUGCUUUUUCUGCACUCCAAGUACCACAAGCCUUACGCGGACCCGGUGCACGACUCCACCUGGCGCUGGUGGAAGAACAAGAAAGUGGACCAGGAUUACUACUUCUAUCUGGCUAGCAACUUGCAGAGCGCGAGUAACGUGUACAUUGACAUGGCCAGCUACGAGAAGAUCUACGACCUCAAGGCCGAGCACGAGCUGCCCGAGCGCAUCUACCUGGACAAGGGCACCAGCUACGGCUUCUCCAUCUUCGUGACCGUCCGCGGACACUUGUUAGAGUUCCAGCCGGAGCGCGUGCUCACCACCUUAGAGCUGCGCAGCAAAGUGGGUCUGGGCGUGGUGCUGGCCGAUGCGGACUGCAUCGAGGUGGUGGUAAAACAGAAGGUCCUCAUUAAUCGCAACUCGGUGCUUUUCUGGGUUACGCUCCGUGAUAAAAGGUCUUGCUUUGAUCAGGGCCUUAGUGGACAUCACCUCAUGAAGACGUCCGUGUUGGUCAAGGUGGUGGGCGCGGUUGGGCACUGCUUCCAGAACACACAUCGGGGACUCCACAUGCAAGGCAACUUGAUGAUUCCAUUGCUCAUCGGCUGUCCCCCAGGCAAGCGCCUGGCCUUCGACAUCACCUACACGGUGGAGUACAACCGUCUACAGAACAAACACUACUUUGACUGCGUGCAUGUUGACCCUGAGAUGCCCUGCUUCCUCUUCCGUGAUACCUUCUACCCUUUCUUCUUGAUCCAAGACUUGGUGACAGGAGAGUCGGGCAGUUUUCAGGGCAGCUACGUGUUCAAGGUGGUAGGCGGUGGGCCCACGAUGGACACUCUCAUUGAAUACAGCGAGGAAGAGAUUUACCGCUUCAACAGCCCCUUGGACAAAACUAACAGCCUCAUUUGGACCACCAAGAACACAACGACCACAAACGACUCGGCCUUCAACAUCAUGACCCACCAGAGUUUGGGCAUCGAGUGGCUGUGUCUGGAGAACUCCCCCUGCCAUGACACCAUUCCCCACAGCAUCUUUGCCCCCGAGUUCUUCUUUAAGGUGUUGGUGAGCAACAGAGGUGUGGACAAGAGCACAUACUGUGACCACCAGCUCAUCUUCCUGUUGCAUAUCCAUGGCCUCCCACUCAGUGCUGAGCGGGCCCUCUUCAUCCUCAUGGUGUCAUUCAUUGUGUUUAUUGGCCUGGUGAGCCUUUACAUCAUCUUUUGCCUCCUGCUGACCCCGAUGGUCAAGACCUGCAACAUCCUCCGCUGGAAGAUCAACAACAUCAUCACAUCAGAGUCCUACUACAGCUACAAGUCCUCUUCUAGAAUCUUCAGCGGGACAUCUGGGACCAAAUCCAGGGCCAGCUCCAGCAUCAGCUCCAGUGUCAGCUCCAAAGUGGUGGAGGGGAACCAGUAGAUCCCUGAGGAACCCUCGGAGAAGCAGUCUAUUACCUGAGCCCUUUGCCUGCCUCAACCCCGACCUGUGCACUCCCCUCACUUCCUGGGCCAUCUUGGAAAUCCAAUUAUCACCCAUCCCAGGCUUUUUUGGUUUUGUUUUGCUUCGAUUUUCACUUCUCCUUCAGACCUAAAUCCUCGUAUCAGAACCAGCUGUGGGCCCUUGUAAGGGCUCAUGUUCAGUUAGUUUGUACCACACAGUCCUAUAGGUCAUUAAAAUAAAAAUCCUUCUGUGCCGUCUGGUAAAUAGCAUCUUCUCUGUGUGCCUGCCAACCCCACCCCUCCCCAGGCUGCCCCCAACCUCCUCACAGUCCAGCAAAGUCUUCCAUGACCCAGACCCAUAGCUGUGGCCUGGAGUACAUUCUGAUUGUUCGGUGCCCAGGUUUAGUACCAAUCAUUAAAUAUUUUGAAUUUCAA